CAUACCUCGCCUUCCGCACCGUGUCAAAAUCUGUCUACGUCCAGCUCCGGUCGAGGCCUGUGUUUCUUUUCAAGUGGGGAACCCUUGACUUGCUUUGUGAUGUCGUUUAGUUUCGGCUUCAAUGGUGACGAUAUCGAAGAUGACGAAAAUCCCGAAGAACAAGAUGCUCUUGUAGGGCAAAUCUCCGACUACACGAUUUCCGAUGCGGAAGGUAAACACACAGCGACGUUACCGCCGCAGAGGCAUUCUCUCGAAGAAUUGCUAUCGUCGCUCCCCUCUCAGAUCUCAUACAACACCCUCACAGUCCCCGCCCGCCCACCAUCGUCCAGCAAUCGGGAAAGAUCAUCGUCUUCUGAAGAGGCUCAAAUCACUCCCAGCGCCAUCCAACGGCGCUCACUGUUCGAUAUCCGGGCCCAACUCAUGGCCGAAGCGAAUCCCGAAACCCACGACGACGCGGCCACUCUCCUGUCUGGCCUGGAAAACGGCGAUCUGACGUCGGGCAUCUAUGAAGGCGGCUUCAAAACGUGGGAAUGCUCUCUGGAUCUAGCCUCGCUUGUCACAGACCUCGACUUCGCCCAAAAUUGGCACGUCCUCGAACUAGGGGCCGGCAGCGCGGUGCCCAGUCUAGCACUCCUCCAAAGCUCAUUUUCGACAAGCAAGCACCAACGACAGCGAAGCAGGGGAAGCCUGCGGUUCACGCUCUGCGACUACAACGAAGACGUCCUGAGAUUAUGCACGGCGCCGAAUGUGUUACUGAAUUAUUAUCAUUAUCAUCACCGCGUGCUAGUAGAGUCCCGUCGGCUCAUGAGCGCGUCUCCCGACGAGGAAGAACAAGAAGAACUAGAAGGCGACCUCGACAUUGAAGAGCUCGGCGAUACUUUCGUCGCCGAUACUGUCCACGACCUACGAUCACGGAACAUCUCGUUCGACUUCAUAUCCGGAGGCUGGGGUGGUUCGUUUCUCGACCUUGUGCCCCUCAAGAGUGACGCGGAUGGCCCCGAGAGCAUCCUGAUUCUUGCCUCGGAGACGAUAUACUCUCCUGCGUCGACAAAGGUCUUUGCGGAAACGCUGGUUAAUCUACUCCGGCGAUAUCCACGGGGGAUGGCAAAGGCUUGGGUCGCUGCGAAGAAAGUGUACUUUGGCGUUGGGGGAGGGGUUGAUGAUUUUCUGAUCGAGAUUGGAAGGCACCGAGCGAAGAGUACAACUCUGCUGGAGACGAAAGACACCGGCGUCGGGAGGGUCGUCUUGGAGAUUACUGUAUGAUGUACGAGCUACAGCUACAUGGAAUGGACACCGAGCCAACCUUGAAGCUGUCCGCGGCUGACGAGUCUGGAUCUGCGGGUGAUCCUGCCCUACCCCUUGAAAAGAUUGAGCACGAUACAGGACUUUUCCACAGGAAGGAAGUUUUGUCUUUACGCCCAUUCAUUCUAUUGACUUUGGCCAUGCGCCAUUGUGCUCCGCUAUGCCAUUGGCAAUCUGAUACUAAGGACAGCGCAACAAAUUUUUGUGAGACUAAAAUACACAUGAUCGUUUUCUGCAAGAGAGCGAAAGAUCCC